ACGCAACGUUGCAAAAGACAGCUAUCCUCUCGAUAUAUUCAAUCUUCAAUUGAAGCUACUUGCGACCAAUUAUUCGGGCUUAUACUGUGUUAUAUCAUGGCUCUAGUAAGACGACGGAAUUUCCUGCUCAACGUUGUAUAGGUACUCGGCAACCCUUAAGCUCAAGCUCCACCAGUCAAUCAACCAUCACAGUUCCGGACAAUACACUUUGACGGAGGCGAGGAACUUCGCUCCUACCUACUUACAGCAGAAAUCUGAAAACAUCUGAAUCUGCUGCUACUGAACACGACCUGUCAAGAGCUCACGACAGGCCAACAUGGCCCUUUCGCGGUCCCUCCGACGAACAAAUUCUAUAACCUUAGUCCUCGCACUCGUCCUCGCCAUCGGCUUCAUAUUCUUCCUCUUCGAUCCGACAUCAUCAUCGACACCCAUAACCGCACAACAACGACAGGAAGACGCAGCCUCACAUCCGCUUUCACCCCCCACGAAACCGUUUCCCAAGAAACACACUCAAGGACGGAAAGGUCAAGAUGCGCCUCCUCCGGUGGUGCAUUACCGCAUGAAUGAGCUCACGGCAUCGGAUUCAGCGGCCGAAAGGGGUGAACGAGUUCUCAUCUUGACGCCGAUGAUGAGUUUCUAUCAGCAGUAUUGGGAUAAUCUGGUGAAGCUAACCUACCCGCACGAACUCAUUUCAUUGGGAUUCAUACUCCCCAAAACAAACAAAGGAAACGCCGCAACUCUCGCAUUACAAGAAGCAGUCUCAAAAACCCAAUCAGGACCCAUCGAUGACCGAUUUGCGAGCGUGACGAUCCUACGACAGGACUUUGACCCCCCAUUACAAUCCCAGGACGAGAAGGAACGGCACAAAAAGGAAAAUCAAAAGAUACGCCGUGAAGCAAUGAGUCGUGCACGGAAUAGUUUGCUAUUCACUACCUUGGGCCCUUCGACGUCCUGGGUUCUCUGGCUAGAUUCGGAUAUCGUCGAAACACCUACGACGCUAAUCGAAGAUCUGACGAGUCAUAAUAAACCGGUUAUUGUCCCGAAUUGUUAUCAGCGAUACUUCAACUCGGAGGCGCAAAAGAUGGAUGUGCGUGCAUAUGAUUACAAUUCAUGGGUAGAGAGUGAUAUAGCAUUGAACCUGGCGGCGGAAAUGGGUCCUGACGACGUCCUCUUUGAAGGUUAUGCUGAUAUCCCCACGUAUCGAAGCUUGAUGGUUUGGAUGCUACCCGAGAACUCGGAAGAUCUUGAUCCUCGCGCAGAAGUUGAAUUAGAUGGUGUUGGUGGUACGGCGUUGAUGGUGAAGGCUGAUGUGCAUCGCGAUGGUGCAAUGUUCCCUCCGUUCCCAUUCUAUCAUUUGCUUGAAACAGAAGGGUUUGCGAAGAUGGCGAAAAGAUUGGGAUAUACGUGUUGGGGAUUACCUCAUUAUUUCGUGUACCAUUAUAAUGAGUGAUUUGCUUCAAUAGACCUUCUAAUUCUUGUUUGUGUUAUGAUGAAGCUGCUUCAUCGGCCGGCGUCUUGGUUUAUCUCGAAUUUUGGUUGCUGUCAACAUUAUACACUAUUUAUUUGAUGCAUUUAGCGGUGGCUGCAGGAAGCAAUCAAUUGACUAAUACUCGGAU